UGAGAGCCCGCGACUCCGAAUGAGCCGCUCGGCGAACAAAGCCGACAACUUCAGCGGCCGCGCCACGGCCUCGGCGAAAGUCACCAUCGCUUCUUCUUCUUCUCGGUCGGCUCUCGGCAGGAAUCGCCCCCUUCGCUUGCACCGCCUCCUCUUGCCUUUUCUUGCCCGGGAAUCUCGAGGCGCCUUUGCGCCUGGCGAGAAAAGCCGCGGUCCACUGCCAGCUGAACCAGACAAGACAGCGACCCCGUGGCCGCAGACAGAAGCGAUGGGCGAGAGCGGGCCGGAGCCUGCGGCCUUGCGCGCCUGGGCUGUGCUUCCGGCGGCGGGGAGCGGUGAGCGCCUGGGUGGCGGCGCCCCCAAGCAGUACCGCGCCGCUCUCGGCCGGCCCCUCAUCGCGCACACGCUUAUCGCCUUCCUCAGCACGCCGUGGAUCGAGCACGUGGUGGUCGUGGUCGCAGCAGACCACAUGGAGACCUUGAGUUCGUUCCUGGAGCGUGAUGGCCUGACGUGCGAGGGCCGCGUGACGCUCACGCAGGGAGGCACCACGCGCCACCGCUCCAUCAGGGCCGGCCUGCACGCGCUGGCCCGCCGGCCCGGCACGCGGCCGCACGUGGUGAUCUUGCACGACGCCGUGAGGCCCUUCGUGGACGUGGAAACGCUGCUGUCAGUGGCGCAGGCCGGGCGGGAUGUCGGGGCGGCCGGCAUGGUGCGACCGCUUGUGUCCACGGUGUUGAGCGUCUCGACGGAUGGCACGCUGGACCACGUGCUCAAGAGGUCACACUACCGCGCCAGCGAGAUGCCCCAGGCGUUCCGCUUCGACGUCAUCUACGACGCCUACGAGAAGUGCUCGGAAGAGGAGCUGGACGUUGGCACGGAGUGUCUGCACGUGGCUCUGCACUACGGGGGCACACGCGCUCGCCUGCUGGAUGGCCCCGACAACCUGUGGAAGGUGACUUAUAAAAAGGAUCUGUACGCUGCGGAAGCCAUCAUGAAAGAGUCUCUGCACCGUCGUGCCGGCUGGGUGUCCGCAGGGGACGUGCCGCUCUCUGACGCCGCCCUGCAGUUUCACUCUGCCCUGGACGACUCUGUGGUGCUGGUGAAACGGGACAUUGCCGGGGCGACGCACAACGGCCAGGGGACGUCGCUACUACAGGAGGAGGAGGCCCUCCACAGCUACAUCUGUGUGCAGUGCCCAGGGAGCGCCUCGCUGGCCGUUCUGCUGCGCCGCCUGCUGCAGGAAGUGGAGGCGCGGAGCAUGCGCCUCCGAGAGCCCGUGGCGAUCGUCGCGGUGAGCUUCAGGGACGGCGAGGUGCUCUCUCCUCCCGGGACCGCGGACGAUGAAUUCCUGGAGCUGCGAAGGAUCGUCUCUGAGAGCCGGCAGAGAAAUGUUUUGAUUUACGGGCUGCUGGUAAACUGUCCGGAGCAGGAUGGUUCUGAUCCGUCAAGUGCGGCACGCCAAGGUGCCGACAUCGUGAUGUCUCUACUGAGGGAUCGGAGUGCAGCCCUCGCCGGACAGGUCCUGGUGGUGUGAGGAGCGGAGAGAGAGACCGUCGCUUGCGCGGGGACAGCGGGGUCAGGACACUGCGGGAACGCGGGACACUGGAGCAAAGACUGCAAGACCACAGGAGUCACGGACAGAAUAAAAACAUUAGCAUCCCACUGUUUCACAAAUGAUACUUGCAAGCCGGUGCUGCGAACACCUUGUGCCAGGAAGGGACACUUGCCACUGGGUAUUCCCUAGGCUGGUUAGACAGCCUUUUUGUGAAAUGGACUGGUCGAGAUGACCAGUGAGGCAAGGCACAUUUUUGAGGAAUUUAAAUGCCCUAUAAAUGUAAAUCCAUGUUAUUCCUUCAAUGAGUAAAUGCAAAACCAAUCAGUGUCUGUGCUUAGUAUCAUGGGAAUGGGAACUCGGGAGCCAGUCUAGGGGAAAGCUGCCCCCCAUAAACUUUUGAUGAGGGUUGCCACAUGCUCUGUCCCCCCCACCCCCCCGACAUAGAUAUGCUUCAUGGCCCCCCUUAGCCACCCGACAUCAUAACAUUGACUUCCGACGACGAUUCGAUUCGAGAAUCACAUUAACUGCAUUUGUAUUGUAGGGACUUUUAGCGUCUCUAGCGGUCGCAGGAUUUACGUGAAACGUUCACAACAUGCGACGCGCACAAAUGGGAAACAACAACACGGUCGGUUUUGCGUGUUGUGAGCGUGACGAUCAUGUUUUAAGUGGUUAAUUGCUGCAUGCCUAACACACCUGCGUCCCUGCGAUAGCUUCCCAGCCCCUUUGCACCUCCACCGCCAAACACCUCAACAUCAUCUCCAUGAGUCUUUAAAUUAUUUUAUUUUUUUGGCCCAUGGAUUGGUGUGCAGCGGAAUGCCUUCCUGCUUGUUCACAGUUGAGGAUUCUCAAGGCCAUCGGCAGUAUUAAACUAUUUCACCAUGGGGACCAUGUGCUUAGUGAGUUGGGGUUUUUUUGUUGUUGCAUUGUGGUUAAGUCACGUUCACUGAAGUGACUUCAUUGAGAAUAACCAAGUGUUUGAGGGGCAUCUGAGAAAAAAACUUGAUAACGCACAACAACUCAUUGUCACGAAAGUAAGAUUAAGUGGACGGAAACAAGUGGUUAAUGGCAAUAGCAACUAUGAGGAAUGUUUUGAUUUAAAGCUUUCGUGACUGCAGGGAUUCAUAGUCUUGGUUCUUUCGGUAAAGUCACGUAGAAGGGAAUUUUUUUUUUUUUUACAAAUAUUAAACAAAAAAUAUUUUUAUUGUUUUAUAUUUGUAUUAUUUUAUUAUUUCCCUUCUACGUGACUUACCGAAAGAACCAAGAAUAUGAGGAAUGUAUUUUACAGUCGUAACAAUAUAAAUGGGGGUUGUCAAGUUCCAGGAAAGCCCUCUGCUGACGUUUUACACCAUUUUACCACAGACUGGGCACUAAGUGAAAGUUUUUUACAUUUGAAAAGAAUAUUCAAUUUAGUGACUACUAUACAUUUUUAAAUAGCUGUGCACACUGGUACACUACAUUACCUUGGGGCUGAACAGCAAGUAAUUCUAUCUUUAUAUAUAUACGGUGGAAAGUCACAGUCACUGACGUAAUCGUUCACUUUGAAAGUCAAGCAGGGUCGCCAUCUCUCCCCGUUUCACAAUUCCUCCAGCGACGUUAUCUCCCCAUCUGGCAGAUCUUCUUCGGCAUCUCCGCAAUGCACCAACACCGAUCCAAGCAGGAGUAGCUAGCCCCCCCCCCCCCCCCCCCGGCUUCCAGCGCCCCUUCCACUACUGUAAAUCUCUGUCUUCCACCGCAGAGAGAGAUUUACAGCGACUGACUUUCGUUUGGCAUUGUCCAAUGUUUUCAAAAGUUGGCUUUCAACGGCCGCAAGUGCCCCCCCCCACCCUCCACUCUGUGUGUGUCAGACUGCCGUUGGCUCCAUUGCUCAAAGCUCAGCACUGAGAGUUUCACAAUGUGCCGGACGGUUGAGCACCAAGGCAUAUGUGGUACUGUUUCCGUCUAUUUUAUAUCAUCAUGGUAUUACUACUACUACUAUGAUGAUGCACUACUUAAAAUUGUUGUAUAUGCCAAUAGACCCGACUUUGAAUGGUACGCCUUGAUAUGUCCUCUGUUGGUAAAUGGUAGAGUUGUGUGUUGAGGUUUUUUUUUAAUGACACUUAACAGGGUUCAAUUUGGUGCAUUGUGUAUUAGGCAUGUGGCGAUGCUUCGAUUAGUCGUUUAGCGUCGAUUUCCACGCUCACCAUAUGCUCAUGCAAGAAUCGAUGUUUUAUCAAUAUAUAAAAUCACCUGGAUAACAUAUUUUAUAUGGAACAUCUCAUUUGCAAGUGUGUCCAGGGUAUCAGUUGACACGUGGCACGUGUGUAACGACACGAAUACAAACAUCGUUCGCUUAUAGCGAUUUAUGCAAAUUAUGAAUAAUACAUGUAUAGCCAAUCGCUUACUCCGGCUGCUUUGUUUUAAACGAAUGCACAAGCGAGACACCAAAACAAUGCAAACGAGAUGGUACAAAUUGUACAAGGGGACAUUUAUCCUUGAAUCGAAUUAUGACGAUCAAUCACGAGGGAAACAUGGGGGUGGUUUUGAGUGGUUGGUGUCAAUGGUUAUAUGCCUAUUAUGCAUACUCUGCACGAGAUUAAAGCGAGGGUUUGUGGAGGUGGGGUACGGGCAGCUAGAAAAUCGUUCACACUUGUGCAUAAAAUGUGUCCAAUGAUGCGGAACAUCCACGUCGGUGGGGAAUGCAUGUGAAUGACCGCGUCUUGCCUCUGCCAUACGGAAGCGCAGUGGAUUUGCGCUCGGGGGUGAAAAAGAAACUGGGAGCCGUCUGUGAUGAAGUGGGCACUCAGGAAUACAAAACGGCCCGUGACUUGACAACAAAAUCUGGCUGUCAACAUGGCUUGACUGGCGUAGGAGGUACAUUGCUAUCAGUGGGUGUUGAUUCAGAGUCGUUGCAUAUACACUACUGACGCGCACGCGUGCAAAAGCGACUUGCGUGCAAAGGCACCGCUGGUUAACUUGGCCAACUUGCAACGGUGAGCGCCUCGCGCUGAAUUGGAGCCAUGUUGCACGCCGCGUGGACGUCUGUUCCUACUGUACGUUUCUCACUUGAAUCCUUGUUUUUGCAUCGUUUGCAUGACACCUCAAUAAAGGUUUUGUUUUGUCCGCCA